CAAAAUUUUAUCAACCCAAAGAGUUGAUGGCAAGAGCAUCCAAGGUAGAAAGCCAAUGGAUUGCUUGAAGGAAUAUAGAACACGAUCCUGGUUCCAAUCUUUGACUUAUUAUUGGAUAAAUCCGACCAUUGAGGUUCAUUUAAAUAUCUAAUGAGCUAUAGCUUGCAAAUAAAAGAGAUAUAUCUGAGAACGAUAUUGGGAAGGCUGAAUUCUCUGAUUCUACUCAAUAUCAGACUAAUAGAUUCCUAGAGAGACUGAAGAGUUCAAAGAAUAUCAGAGGAUAUAGCUUAAUGAUGAUUCUAUUAAGCUUAUACAAAAAACCUCUUUUCGUUAGCAUAUGUGCUGCAUGACUUUCAAUCUUUCUUGAAGCAAUAAACUUUCAUGUUCUUAGAGAAGUUCUUUCUUAUGUUAGCAAUGAGCAUAACAAUCAGUCUUGGUCAAUCACAUGUGUUUUCAUGCUAGCGAUAAAUGAAUUCAUCGCAAGAGGAUGUCUGAUGCUGGUAGAAACUAAAAUGCUUGAGUGAGGAGAUUGUAUGAGCAGAGUUCUUUCAAGUCAUAUUUAUUCUAAGCUGUUUAAACUAUCUGAUGCGACAAACAAAAACUAUCAGAAAGGAAAAAUUUUGAACUUAAUCGGAGAAGAUUGCAAUAAAAUAAACAGGUUUGUAUGCCAAUGUUGCCGUAUGUCAUCAGUUCCUUGUCUUGUCCUGAUGACUUUCUAUUCCUUAUAUGCUUAUAUUGGCCAUAUCGUUUGGAUUCCUGCAGUUAUACUACUCAUAAGUUUCUUCCUAUUCUACUUGGUCUUGAUCUGAAAUAUAAAAUUAGAGAAGAACAGAAGAAGAGAUGAUGAUAAUAGGUCGACUAUUCUUGGCGAAAUUAUUGUCAACAUUAAGACUUUAAAAAUGAAUUCUUGGGUAAAAUUCUUUGAAGAUAAGUUAGGCCAACUAAGAUUGAAAGAACACUACAAUGACGUGUUGACAGGACUAAUCUGGAUGCCUCACACCAUAGUGUAUUGGCUUACAGAUUAUUUGAUCAUAUUAAGUGUAUUCGGAGUCUGAAUCUUUGGAUACAACAUGAAGUUCACUGUUCCAGUUACUAUUGCAAUGUGGAGACUCGUAGGCAAAAUCAAAUAUAAUGUUGGAUUAGUCCCUAACUUUAUCUGCUCUUACUCCGAAUAUAAAGUGUCAGUGAACAGAAUAACAGACUUCCUUAAUAAUCCAGAAAUAGAGAAUCACAUUUUUUCUAGCAGAGAGAUUGAAGAGAGUGAAAAUAUUAUUGAAAUUGAGAGGUCCAGCUUUUCUUGGGGAUUCGAUUCUAUUUGGUUUGAAAAAUCAAUUAAUAAAGAUAAUAAAUUUAAAACAAAAAAAAGAACAGAAAAGGAAACAAAGAAAAAUGAGAAUGAGAGGAUUACAAAUUAUUUUUUAAAAAGAGGGAAAAAUUUUGAGAGUUUUGUCCAAAAAAUAACUUUGCAAGAUAUAGAACUGGCAAUAAGGAAAAAUGAGCUUGUAGCCAUCAUCGGAGAUGUAGGUUCUGGCAAAUCUUCUCUCAUCAAAACUCUUCUCAAAGAAACCCUUUAUGUUGAUGACCAAACUCUCGUGAAAUAUGGCCACACACAAAUCAGUAAUGCUUAUGAAGAUAAUGACCAUUCAGCAAAUAACAGCAAUACUUUUGUGAAGAAAGAAGAUGUCAUGGAUUUCAGAAACCAAAAUGUCAAGAAUGUUCGACCCAGAAUUCGAGUGGCCGGCUCUGUAAGUUUGGUUGAGCAAAAACCCUUCGUUCUCAGCCAAACCAUCAGACAAAACAUUUUGUUCGGUCAUCCUCUUGAUGAAGCCAGGUACAACCGAGUGGUAGAAGCAGCUCAGCUAGGAAAAGAUCUUGAAGUCUUCGAAGCUGGAGACCUCACACAUGUUGGAGAGAAAGGCAUCACACUCAGCGGUGGCCAGAAAGCCAGACUCAGCAUUGCUCGAGCAUUGUAUGCCGACAGAGACAUAGUGUUGAUGGAUGAUCCGCUAUCAGCGCUGGAUUCCCAUGUCAAGAAGCUUAUCUUCGAUGAAGUGUUUUGCAGAGAACUCCGAGACCGCACCCGAGUUAUUGUGACUCAUGCAGUCGACUUUUUGGACAAAGUUGACAGAGUCAUCGUCAUGGAGCAAGGCAGAGUCAAGCUCAAUGGGAGCUACCAACAGCUGAUGGAGCACAGCUAUUUCAGGAAAAUCAUGCAGACAAUGGAGGCUCAGGACAAGAAAGACGAAGAGAAAAACUCAAGUGAAGAUGAAGACUCUGAUGAAGUCGAACACAAAAAGAAGCACUACCUCAGUCAUCAAGAAAAGAAAUUAAUAAAAGACUACGAUGAUCAAAACACAGAAAUGUCAUUUCUAACAUACAUGAGAUACCUUACUUAUUUAAAGGAAGGAAUCUUUUUCAUUCUUGUUGGAAUUGGAACCCAAGUUUUAAUGAAGUUUUGAAUCAUGAAAGCAGACUAUUUAAUGCUAAAAUCAGUUGAGACUAUUGAAACUACCAAGCAAAUUGAUUACCAAGAUUUAAUAUAUGUGUGAAUUUUAGUAGUUAUUCUGAUUUUAUCUGAUAUUUCUAGUCGAAUGAUUGAAAUAGCUCAAAGCUACAUGAUAGACAAAAAGAUUUUCAAUGAAAUGUUUGAAAGGUUGAUUCUUGCUCCUAUAAAUUUGUUCUUUGAUGCUACUCCUUCUUCACUGAUUGCUAAAAGAUUCACAUCAGACUUGAAUUGUGUUACAAGAGGUAUCCCUGAUGGAUUAAAAUGGGGGAUCAGAAACUUCGUUAUGAUAUGAGCUACGAUCUGGUUCAUUGUCUACUCUGCUCCUCUUUGUUUCCUAAUUCUACCAUGAGCAGGGUUCCUCUAUUAUAUUGUGGUUAUUGAUUACUUGAAAACUGAAAAACAGCUAAGCAAAUACCAAAGAAUGUUCAGUGCAAAAGAGAUCAUCCAUUUAAGUGAAUCAAUAGAAGGAGUCUCAACUAUCAGAGCAUUCAAUAAAGUCAAAAUGUUUGAAUCUAAAAGAUUCGAGCUCAAAGACAAGGAAUAUUCUGUAUUAGUGCUUCAGAGAGGCCUUAAAUCUUGGUUCUGAAUGAAACUUAAUAAUAUCUGAAUUGUUUUUAUUAUCUUUCUUUAUAUUUAUUGCAUUAUAUACAGAAAUAAUAAGGACACGGUAAUCAUUGGGUUACUAAUGAUGUAUGUGAUUGAUUUACAAUCGCUUCUAAAGAACUUUUUAAUGCAUUUCUGAAAUGUGCAUAAUAUGAUGAGCUCAUUUGAUAAGUGUAAAAAAUUUAUGGAGAUUCAUCAAGAAGCUCCUCAACAACUUCCUCUCCCAAUCAGCCAAAAUAAUCAACCCUGGAUCAGUCAAGGUAAAAUCCAUUUCAAACAGUUCUCUGUUCGUUACAGGCCUGAUACUCCAGUUGUGUUGAAAAACAUCACCUUCCAAAUUGAGCCAGCCCAGAAAAUAGGAAUUGUCGGAAGAACUGGAGCUGGUAAAAGCACUCUCUGUCUGGCACUGUGUAGAAUUCUUGAGUCUCUUAAAGGGUCAAUUGAAAUUGAUGAUGUUGACAUUUCUAAAGUGGGUCUAGCUGAUCUCAGAGACAGAAUCACCAUUAUUCCACAAGAACCAGUGCUAUUCAAGAACACUCUCAGAUUCAACCUCGACCCUAAAUGUCAGCAUUCAGACUCAGAAAUACAGAAACUGUUGAACAGAGCCAAUCUCAGCCACCUCUUGAACAGAACCACUGACGGACUUAACUUCAGUGUGGCCGAGAAAGGGUCCAACCUAAGUGCUGGCGAGAAAGCUCUCGUGUGCAUCUGAAGAGCCAUCCUCAGAAAGAACAAGAUCGUGAUUAUGGACGAAGCCACUGCAAGCAUUGAUGUGAACACUGAAGAGACAGUUCAGAAGCUGAUGAAGCAAGAGUUCAAAGACUCCACUGUGAUCACAGUCGCCCACAGACUGAACACCAUCAUGAAGAGCGACAAGAUUGCAGUCUUGAGUUUUGGAGAACUAAUGGAGUUUGGGACACCUGAAGAGCUUCUGAAAGACAAGAAUUCGCAUUUCACAGAAAUGGUGAAUCGAUUUAGUAAAGCUUAA